CACCGUCGCUCGUGAUAGACGAGGAGUCCGAGCUUCAGCGCGCACGUGAAGGCAGCAUCUUUUAACCGCCCACACUGCUGCCGAACAGGAGCCGUGAAGAAGCAGCAGCCGGAGCGACAGACUGAGGGCUAAGUUUGUCCACCCUGGCUUCCCAUCACGAGUCGACGGGUCUUUGUUUCUGUGAUGAACAAGUACCUCCGCUUUCGCUUAAAAUUCACACCUAAAGUACAGGCGUUAGAAACGGUCAAGUGCGUUCGUGACAUUUUGGAUAGUUUGUAGCAACACAACACAGAGAGAGAGAGAAAGAGGAAAGGAGAGUGAGAAGUGCGAGCGACUCCAAAGUUGACACUUGGCUGUCAUGUUUGGUACUUGUUGAAUAGGCUGUGUGUACAAACACAACACUGCAGUGUGUGGGGGCGGCAGCGUGCUGGGAACAGGGUCUUCUGUAUCACGAUGAGGCAGUAACAACACAAGGACAGUGAUGGCAGAGCUGGAGAUUGACCAGUCCAACCUUCCACGUGUCCAUGAAGUGUGCCAGUGUUUUGCUGUGCUGGAGGAUGGAGCGCUGGCACACAACCUGCAAGAGCAGGAGAUUGAGCAAUACUAUACCACCAAUGUUCAAAAGAACCAACUAGUGCAGAAUGACAUCCGUAUAGCCAAGAAGCUGCAGGAUGAAGAGGAGGAGCAGCAGGCCCAGCAGAGUGCCCUUAUCAGACAGGCCUCCAGACAACUAGAGGAGCAGGACUUUGAGUAUGCCCGUGUGAUUCAGGAAGAGCUCCAGAGAUGUGCUGAGGAGGCCCGGAGGAGAGAGCUUGAUGAUGAAGAAAUUGCCAAACGGUUGCAAGAAGAGGAAGAGCAGAGGAUCAGAAGGCGAAGCAGAGGGUCAGGGAGCUAUAGUGAAGGCAGCACAAGUGACCCUGCACUGCUAUCCCUACAACAGCACACAAACAGCAGCCUUCGCCAUGGGGAGGAGCAGUACCCUAUCACCACCACCAGGUGGCAAUCCUCUACUUCUCACUCAGAGAUAACUGGGGCUCAGACUGACUCCCCAAGGGGGUUAGCGGCUCAGAAAAACACAACUUCAUGGUCAAAUCAAGGACACCGCAAUUCCAUUAGGCAAAUUAGGAGUGAAUUGAGAGAGCCUUUGAGUGAAAAUUCAGAUGACUCGGACACAGUUUUCUCUGAACAGCUUUCUGUCUGGUCCCAGAGACUGAAUGAAAGACUCAACACGGCACCUCCUCGACAGCGGGCAUCUUUACAUCAGCCACAAGAGAGAAAUUACAGAAGCGUUUACUCUCGUAGAACAAUCUCAGAUGAGUUCAGAGGCUGGGAGGAGGAGAGAGAAGAGUGGGAUGAGGACUUUUAUGAAAAUGGUGAUCUGAAUGAAAGGAGGCCUAAGAAUCAUGAUAAGGAGAGGAACUACAGAGAUGAGUAUGAAGUUUGGCACAGAAGCAGAGGUCAGGAUACAGACUCUCAGUUAUUCGAGGUUAGAGAAAGACGACAUAGUCGCAGUGAAUCUGUUAGGCUACGUGAUGGGAGUAGACGCAGCAACAGAGACUUAGCAAGGACCUGGAGCUACAAGGACAACCCUGACAAACAUGUCCGUUUUCAAGAUGAUAACAGGAGGUCUUCCAGGCAGCAGAGUGAAAGCAACCAAGUGUGGGAGAUGCUGGGCCAUAUCCUCAGAGAGAGAGGUGUGCCUGUGAGGCUCGGUGGCAAUGGGGCGCCACUGCAAAUAAGGCCUCAAAGCAGAGACAGCCAGGUGCUUCAUGGGAGUGAGGUCUCCUGUGGCGACUCCCAACCACAUCAGAGAGUCUUCCAAAGAGCUGCUACCACCAGGCACAGUUUCCAUGGAGAUAUUAGGGAGAGGAGGAGAUUGUCAUACCGAGAGAACAGUGGGAGAGAUCACAGAGAAGACCGAGACAGGCACCGUGAUAAUGGAGAGAUUUAUGAGAUUAGUAGAAGAGACUCAGACCUAGCUAAAAGAGAAAGACAAGGCAGUAGAAGGUGGACAGAGCACAAAUACACUAACAACGAUAAGAGGGGAGAGAGGAAUGUAAAUAAUUACAGAGUCAGGAAAACAAGAAGUGAACGCAGUCAUUUGCGCAGGACCAGAGAAGAGAGCUUAAGCUCAGAGGAGGAGCAGGAUGUGGAGAGGAGAGUAAAUCUACCCCGUCGAAGAACCCCAGAACGUAGCCAAAGCCUCAGCACCAGCAGCAGGGCUUCAACCAGGGAUAGGUCAAGGCGCAUGGCAGCAGGAGCAUCACUGCAACCAGAGUUGAGUGAAACAAACCUAAGCCUGGGGGAGCUGCAGCAGGUUCUAGAAGAUGAAGAACUGGCCCUCAAGCUACAGGAGGAAGAGGAAAAGCUUUUCAGGAGGCCAUCUCAACAUUCCUCUUAUUCAGAAAGGGACUUCAGGGUAGCGCAAGUGGCACAAGAUGAGGAAAUUGCACGUUUCAUUCAGAAGCAGGAAAUUAAGUCAAAGCCUAGAUCUCGUGAGCUGGAAGGGCCUGAGUCAUGGCGCGAGCAUAGAGCGAUGAUCAAUCAUCACGACAGACGAGCUGCAAGAGAGAGACAGGUCCAACGAGAGAGACUUGACUCUGAGGGCCUUCCUUCCCCAACUGAGGACUGCUCCCCAGAAAAUCUUCCACCCAGUCCCACCACCACUACACCACCAGCCCAGCAGAUCAGAAACAUUGCAGAGGAAUUGGAUCCAACCUUCCAGGCCAGAAGGCAAGGCACAAUAAGCCUUCAAGUGGGACAAAUAGGUCCAGCUUCUCAGCCCCUUCCUUUGCCACAUUCAGGCUUAAACGAAUCCCUUGAGGAGCCUACAUUUAUUCCGCCAACAAAGCGUCAAACAGACAAAUCAGGACGAAGUAAAUCCAAAGAGAAGAAGGAGAACUGCAAGCAACAGUAAUCUCCAACAGCGUGUUCUGCUGUAGGGCAUACACAGCUUAUUUUAUAACACUUAAUCAGUUCAGCUAGAGUUGUCAUUGCUUAUAACUUUAGGGGUGAAAAUGAGAGGAAAGCAUUCAACCAGCUGCCCCUAUUAGCACUCUAGAACAGUGGAACAAAGAUACAUUUUAGAAUCUUUCUUGAUUAAGUGAGUAAAGAUGACACUUUGAUGUCAUGCCUUUUAUAAUUGCUAAAGGGAAUUGUUGGGUUUAUUAUUGUAUUAUAUUUUAUCUGUAGUUAACCUGUAUACUGUCAGCAUCCAGUAUGUCUUCACAACUGGGUCUCUCAGUCCUCCUUAAGUUGUGCCUGAACUUUAUUUACACUACAAACACACUAAACUAUCCAAGUAGACUUCUAGAUUCUGCCAGGUAGUAUAACUUCAUCACAUUGUCUGAAGUGUAAUUUUAGCACAUUUCCUGGAUUUGGGGGAUCUCCUUAAGGAUGUCAACAUUAAUCUUUACCAAGAAGACAAAUCAAGGCAUGAGCGUGAUAACCUUCAGCCUGAGUAUUUGGUUCUUUGGCAAGCUAUUAAUAGUCAUCUGCUUCGUUUUUCAUUUUGUCCUAUGACAAUCAGACGUUGUUUACCUUUUAUAAAUGGAAAUCCCAGUUGUUGAAAAACUGGAUCACAUUAGCAUAACGGUAGGGGAAGAAUCUGCAAAAAUGUAAACAACUCCAACUCGGCUGAGGAAGUUCAUUCUUCUCUUGGUGACACUUCGUGUAAUAAAGCAAUCGUAAGCUCCGAGGGUUACCUUGGAGCUCAGCUGCUACUGUUAGCUUGUGGAACUUAGAAUUACAUUUCACAAUCACUGAAAUCCAACACCAAAGAACCAAGGAUCCCUGAACUAAGACAUCUUGCAUGUUUCCCGGAGCCAGUUGUAAUCACUUUAACACUAUUCCUAAUGUUGACUAGGAAUCUAACAGAGGUGAUUGGAUUUGACUUUUUUGCAUGUAUUACUAUUUAUUGGUCUGUUUUUUUUUUUUUUGUAUGUUCUUACUGCCACGUUUAAACCCUUUUCUUUACACAAAUGAAAUAUGGCACGAUGAAUGCAACUAUUCUGUACAUAAUAAAUAAAAUCUUUAUUGUCUGUU